CGGAACAGACCCCGAGAGCAGGGCUGCAGGCGCCAGGACCGCGCAGAUUUCCUUUAUUAAAUCAAGAACAGUGAAUGGGAAAGCUUGUAUAAUAUCCCCGCUGCUGACUCUGUAGCAAAGGAGAGUAGUGUCCCGGAAGGAGAGCCUGGUUGUCUCGUCGUAAGGAGGACGGAGGCGGCUUGUCGACCACCAUGGCUGCAGCGACUGUCGUGGAGGCUGAUCGGGCGGCGAGCGAAGGCGGCGCCGCUUUCUCCGGCGUGCAGGCCCGCGGCUGGGAUGAGUCUCAGCUCCGAAAAUACUCCUUCACAACCAAGCCCAUUCCCAGACUGUCUCACACGGAUCCCAGAGCCGAGAUGCUAAUAAAUAACGAGGAACCGGUGGUUUUAACAGACACAAACCUGGUCUAUCCGGCUCUCAAAUGGGACAUUGCGUACCUGCAAGAGAACAUUGGAAACGGGGACUUCUCUGUCUACAUCGCAGAAAACCACAAAUUCCUCUACUACGAUGAGAAAAAAAUGUCCAACUUUGAGAACUUUGUCCCCAAGUCACAGCGAAUGGAAAUGAAAUUCCAUGAAUUUGUCGAAAAAAUGCAUAAAACGGAGGAAAUGGGAGGGGAGGAGAGGGUUUAUUUGCAGCAGACCCUGAAUGACACCGUAGGAAAGAAGAUUGUUGUUGACUUCCUUGGUUUCAACUGGAACUGGAUCAACAAACAGCAAGCCAAGAGGAACUGGGGACAGCUGACAUCCAACCUGCUGCUCAUAGGCAUGGAGGGGAAUGUGACGCCAGCACAUUACGACGAGCAGCAGAACUUUUUUGCGCAGAUCAAAGGCCACAAGAGAUGCAUCCUUUUCCCCCCAGACCAGUUUGAGUGUCUCUAUCCAUACCCUGUACAUCACCCCUGUGACAGGCAGAGUCAAGUUGAUUUUGACAACCCUGACUAUGAGAAGUUUCCCAAUUUUAAAAAUGUUGUUGGCUAUGAGACUGUUGUGGGCCCAGGAGAUGUGCUCUACAUCCCGAUGUAUUGGUGGCAUCACAUUGAAUCACUGUUGAACGGUGGAGUGACAAUCACUGUAAACUUCUGGUACAAAGGCGCCCCCACACCCAAGAGGAUAGAAUACCCGCUCCGAGCUCAUCAGAAGGUGGCCAUCAUGAGAAAUAUUGAGAAGAUGCUGGGAGAAGCGCUCGGAGACCCACAUGAAGUUGGACCUCUACUGAAAACGAUGAUCAAGGGGCGAUAUGACCAGGAUCUCAGUUAGAGCCCCACCCUUAGAACUAUUCACUAGACUGCUUCAGAAACUGUACGCGUGUGAAAGUGAGACUGCUACUUGUGUGAUACGCAUUCAGUCAGCGGAGCGUAUCACUGCAUGGCAAUAAGUGGCCAUCUUGAAACCAUCCUGCUUCAGCCGUCUCCGAGUGCCAUCGUCAUUGCAAACACAACAAUCACAGAAGAAACAUUUGACUAACGUCACAAUAACGUCGUGGGAAUUUUCCCCUACUUGAAAAGGUCUGUUUUCUUUUGUCUUUUGAAGAGAAGGCCUAAUGUGGCUUAAGUCCAGAUAUAUAUAUUUGUGUGAAUCAGUGUUCGCUCAACAUUCUCAUAAUUCAAGCUGAUGGUAUUUGGGUUUGCGUCAGUGAAAGGUGUAUGAGACCGCAGGUACCUUGGAAGCAACCUCAAUUUUUAGACCACUAAUGGAUGGGUCAAGGGGUAUUAGUGUGUGUGUGUGUGUGUGUGUGUGUAUAGAUAUAUAUAUGUAUGUAUACACACACACACAGUUGAAUACUGGUCAUUUACAUGUAAUAACAGUGGUAGCUUGAUUACUAAAUGUGGAAUGACCACACUGUUCUCCAUCUUUGUCACAAAGACAGCUUUACAACUGAUUUGGUUACCUCUAAAGAUGACAGGUCUUUUAAGUGUUUUCAGAAUAUUUGUAAUCUACAUUAUCUCUACUAAUAAUGCAGUUUUGGGGGGAGUGAUCAGCAAGUAUUUUCUGUUUCAAAAAAACAGUAUAGCCAGAGUAAUAAAACAGACGUACAAUCAUGAAAAACUGAUGAAAUAUGAUCCAAAAUAUGUGUGGGUGUAAAAGUUGGGCUCAUAUAUUCAACUCAAGGAAUAUGUGACUGCUUGCAGCUAAAUUAUUUUAGCUGAGUGAUUGCGUUGUUUUAUUUAUGCUCUUGCGUGUUUGAUUUGUAUUUCAAGGACUUUAUUGGAUGUGUUAUUCUGCAUACCAGUGAUAAGUGAGGGAGCCCUGAAAAUACAUUACAUACUGCAAUUUUCAUUGCAAAUACACUUAACUUUAAGAAUGAAAAGAAAAUACUGUAGGUUACUGGUAUGAAAUGGCAAAACUUCUCAGAGCAUUUAAAGGUUAUGUUUUUUUGGGAAUAUGAUGGUUAAAUUGUUAUGAGUGGUUUAGGUGAACUGCAUUAGUAGUAGAUUUAUGCUAAAAUGGUAUUAACUGAGUGAAUUAGCAGGAGCAAUCUACUGCAAUGUUGCAUAUGUAUCAGCCAUUGCAGGGCAACAUAAUGUACCAUGUAAUGGUCAGGUUUGAAGUUGCAUGUUAAGCUUUAUAUUGCUAGCUGGUUCAUGCACUAUACUGCUACAAUACAAUUAUUCAACAUGCUGCAUUAGAUGCAGUGGAACUGAGCUACAAUUAAGCUGCGAUGUGUAUAAAGGUCUAAUUCCAGUUGAAAACAUGCAAUUGCUCCUUCGAUUAUAGUGUAGGUCAACAAUCCUCAGAAAUGCACUUAUUUCUACUUUCAUGCAGCCAUAUUUUGAAGACCUUAAAGUGAGAGAGAGAACUUGAAAGAUGGUCGUUGCUUUGCAAGUUUUAAGCGCUUUCUUGGACUGUUGUAAAAAAUGCAUAUCAAACAAAAGGAAAGGAUAUGUGCCAAACCAACAUACAAAACAGUAGAUGGGUAUCUCCAUAUUCAGAGAGCAUUAUUUGCCUGUCAAAUUAGAUGAGUCAGUUAAGUGUUUAACCAUAAACUAGAAAUAUCUAAGCACUUAAUUCACCAGGUAUAUACAGGUUCUCAAGAGUUAUGUUCUGUCUGUUAAGGUUCAGCAUUUAAAUUGCUCAUGUGCAUAUCUGUCUAUUACAAUGUACACAACAAUGGAUCAGUGCUACUUCCUCUGUAUACAUAAUUUACCUGAUGUAAGACGUUUCAUCUCUCUCUCUCUAUUGCUAGAUUAACCUUGUUUACUGUAUGUGCCUUGCUUAACAAUAGCAUCGCACUAAAUGUUGCAAGAAGUUGAUUUUUCAAAAUUUAUUUUACGGUCAAAAUGUUUUCACUCUGGCAUUAAACAGCUUUAAAGGUGAGACUGACAAGGGUUUAUAGAGAUAGAGGCAUGUUUUCACUGAUGGAUGCCUGUUUUUUGUUUUGAAUAUAGAGUAUGUGCUCUCCUUGUUUCUCUCAUUAAAGUUUGUUUGCAAAGUUUUA